UGUGUGCUCCUUUCGGUUGCCAUAGCAACCCCAUUCCCCAAGCCCUCUGUCCGUCUCCUCUGGUAGGUUCCACAAUGGUACAGGCAGCAUCACGCUGCACAAUGGUUUCCAGGCAGUGAAAGAGGGUGAUUCAGCAAGCCACUCUUCUUCUUCUUCUUUAAAAAAAAAAAUCCUCCCCUUCUUUUUUUAUUUUUAUGGGGGUGGGUGGUGCUUGUUAUAUGCUUACCUUUUUCUUUUCUUUUUUCAUUUUUAUAAUCUUCCUUUUUUCUCCUCACCCCUCAAUUCUUCGGGGCUUGAGUGACUUUAAAAUUGGGUUUUCUUGGAAAUCACCUGUCUAUCAUUAAUUUUAAACCAUUUCCCCACCUCCAAAGAAUCUAUUCCUUAUUACAAUUUGGAAUGUGGUUAAUGAAAAACAAGUAGGGAGGAUUUCUGGGGCAAACACUGCUGGAUCAGGAUCGUAGUUCUCAAGCACGGAAUGGCUAGCGUGAGGAACACCAACAGCAGGACCAUCUCAGAUCUUCGUUAUGGCAACUCAUGCAAGAAGCUGUUGAAUUAGAACAAUUUCCUAUAGAUGAGAAACCAUACAAGCAGUGGACAGAAUGUUUAACUGCUGGUGCCACAUAGAGCAGCAUGAAGUCUCGCGGUGCAUGGGUGCGUUGUAAAACACCACAGUGCUACCACACUCCAUGAUACCAGUCCGGUAUUUAUGAGCCUCCAUUUAUUGUACUACUGCAGUGAACCAACCUUGGAUGUGAAAAUUGCCUUUUGUCAGGGAUUCGAUAAACAAGUGGAUGUGUCAUAUAUUGCCAAACAUUACAACAUGAGCAAAAGCAAAGUUGACAACCAGUUCUACAGUGUGGAAGUGGGAGACUCAACCUUCACAGUUCUCAAGCGCUACCAGAAUUUGAAGCCUAUUGGCUCUGGGGCUCAGGGAAUAGUUUGUGCUGCAUAUGAUGCUGUUCUUGACAGAAAUGUGGCCAUUAAGAAGCUCAGCAGACCUUUUCAGAACCAAACGCAUGCCAAGAGAGCUUACCGGGAGCUGGUCCUCAUGAAGUGUGUGAACCAUAAGAACAUUAUUAGUUUAUUAAAUGUCUUCACACCCCAGAAAACAUUGGAGGAGUUCCAAGAUGUUUACUUAGUCAUGGAACUGAUGGAUGCCAACUUGUGUCAGGUGAUUCAGAUGGAAUUAGACCAUGAGCGAAUGUCUUACCUGCUAUACCAAAUGUUGUGUGGCAUCAAGCACCUUCAUUCUGCUGGAAUUAUUCACAGGGAUUUAAAACCAAGUAACAUUGUAGUCAAGUCUGAUUGUACAUUGAAAAUCCUCGACUUUGGACUGGCCAGGACGGCAGGCACGAGCUUCAUGAUGACUCCUUAUGUGGUCACACGUUAUUAUAGAGCCCCCGAGGUUAUUCUGGGAAUGGGCUACAAGGAGAAUGUGGAUAUAUGGUCUGUGGGAUGCAUUAUGGGAGAAAUGGUUCGCCACAAAAUCCUCUUUCCAGGAAGGGACUAUAUUGACCAGUGGAACAAGGUAAUUGAGCAACUAGGAACACCAUGUCCUGAAUUCAUGAAGAAAUUGCAACCUACAGUAAGAAACUAUGUGGAGAAUCGGCCCAAGUAUGCAGGACUCACCUUCCCCAAGCUCUUUCCAGAUUCCCUCUUCCCAGCGGACUCUGAGCACAAUAAACUCAAAGCCAGCCAAGCCAGGGACUUACUGUCAAAGAUGCUAGUGAUCGACCCAGCAAAAAGAAUAUCGGUGGAUGACGCCUUACAGCAUCCUUACAUCAAUGUUUGGUAUGACCCUGCCGAAGUGGAGGCGCCUCCACCUCAGAUUUAUGACAAACAAUUGGAUGAAAGAGAACACACCAUUGAAGAAUGGAAAGAACUUAUCUACAAAGAAGUAAUGAAUUCAGAAGAAAAGACUAAAAACGGUGUUGUAAAAGGACAACCGUCUCCUUCAGGUGCAGCAGUGAACAGCAGUGAGAGUCUCCCUCCAUCUUCGUCCGUCAAUGACAUCUCCUCCAUGUCCACCGACCAGACCCUGGCAUCUGACACUGACAGCAGCCUGGAAGCUUCAGCAGGACCCCUGGGUUGUUGCAGGUGACUAGCCGCCUGCCUGCGAAACCCAGCGUUCUUCAGGAGAUGAUGUGAUGGAACACACACACGCGCGCGCGCGCACACACACACAGACACGCACGCACACCCGCAAACGCAGACACACAACUCUAAGAAAAUAGCAAGGGAGAGAAUCCGAGCCUAAAAUUGAUACCAAUCUUUCAGCCUGCUUCUUCUCCGGAGUUCUGUAUUGCAGCUAAGCUAAAUGUCUAUUUAACUUCUAGUUGCUCUUGCUUUGGUCUUCCUCCAAUGAUGCUUACUACAGAAAGCAACUCAAACACAAUUAGAAAAGCCUUUUCCAUAAAGUGUAAUUUUAAUGGCUGCAAAACCAGCAACCUGUAACUGCCCUUUCAAAUGGCAUGACAAGGUGUGCAGUGGCCCCAUCCAGCAUGUGUGUGUCUCUAUCUUGCAUCUACCUGCUCCUUUUGGCCUAGUCAGAUGGAUGUAGAUACAGAUCCGCAUGUGUCUGUAUUCAUACAGCACUACUCACUUAGAGACGCUACUGUCAGUGUCCUCAGGGCUCUACCAAGAUGUCAUGCACUGGGGUACCACAUGGUCCAUUUCAUGUGAUUUAUUACUCUGCCAUAAACCCAUCUGUAAUAUAUUGCCAGUAUAUAAGCUAUUUAGUUUGUUAAUUGAUUAAGCUGUAUGUCUUAUAAGAAAAAUGUAAAGGGGGAAAAUAUGGGGGGAGUGAGCUCUCUUGGACUCUUGAAGAUGUAGCUUCCAAAUUUGAACUGAUUAAAUGGCACCUGUAUACCAAUUUGUAGAAAGAACAUAUGUGAUGCUUAUGUACAGUGUGGGGGCGGGAGGGAAUGACAGUUUCCAGGUACUGAACGGUUUGGCCUUUAGAAGGAAGGUGGGAAGAAAAGCUGACAGUCUUUUCUCUGACAGCGAGCAGGUAGGAGAGACUCGAUGAUAGCACUGUGGUGAGGAAGACCUCGAGGAGAUUAUUACCCAGACACUAGGAGACACCGACAUCCAUGUUUUAGACAGUAGACCCAAUUUGUCAUCUACAGUUUAUGUGUCACAACUGGAAAGGGCAUGGCAGGUGGAGAGGCAGGGUUACAGAGUCCAUAUCUAAUGGUAAAAAAAUCCCUCCCUGGAACAGAGUGGAGUUGCCUUUGGAUGAUGUCCUUAACAGGAAAUGAACCUGACUAUUUUCCGACUGUGGGUUGUGUUUUCCAUAAGUGUGCUACUUCCCAGGUUUAUACCCUACACGGUUUUAAGAAAUGUUAGUUUCCUCUUCUGGAAUAAAAAAAAAAAAAUAUAUAUAUAUAUAUACAUAUAUAUUAAUUUCUUAAGAACAAACAAACCCAAAACAAAGGGGGUGAUCCUCAGGUCAGCAUUGGAAAACAUUUCCACAGACAUUACUAUUCCUCAGGGGUUUCCCUGACUCCUUACUAUGGCUGAUGUUUCAUGUUUAUUUAUUUUCAUAAAUUCAGACAAUUCAAGAAGGGCUGAUCAUCUGAGUUUUGUACUGCAGUUGAUGUGACAGCAAUAACUCUCCCCAUAAGUUACUGCUGCUAAAUAGCUUUAGCAAUAUGAGUCUGUCUCAAAAGCCAUGAAGCAUUUGUGUCAAUGUUUUAGCGGAAUCACCUGAAUUUAGUUCAAAUCAAAUGAAAGUGCUCUCCUGAGCACUUGAGAAGGCACUGUGAAACAUCUUGGUUAUAUACAAGGCAAUCCCAGGGAGACUUCUCAGCAAUAAUGGGGGCCGGGGGGAGGCUUCCCUUAUUCACUUCGGUGAAGUGCCCAUCACAGCUCUUUGCACUCUGACCAUUUUGGUGCUUGCCGACGUGGUGGUGGCACUUCACCUGAAGAAGACGUGAAAGGCAUGAAACGGAAGGUUGGUGAGAGAGCUAUGACUGGCGAAUGGAAUCCCUUCAAAAAUAGGGCAAACAAGAAUGCUGUGCUCUGAAAACUGCCUUAAAUACAACAACAGGGAAGCUUUGUCUCUUUCAAGCAAUAGAGCCAACCCCCACCAUCACCAUGUGAGCAACGCUGCUGUUUAUGAGAUUGCUUCACAGUAGGAUGCGUGACAAGAGGUCAUUUGUUUAAAAUGGGGAGAAAAAAACCACAUUAGCUUGUGCAGCUUGUCCCCUGGAAUGAAAGUGGCCCAGCUUCUUUCUCUUGCUGCCAAUCUUUCGGGUUAAUAUUGCAGAUGACCUGAUUUUUAAAGUACCUCUGCAUUCACAUGGACUCUCUCUCUCUCUCUCUCCUCUGUCACACUUCCCGUCCUCCACUUCUUAAAAGUUCUCGGAUUCCCUCAUGCUUUACCUCCUUUCUCUGUAUUUUUCUCUUGCUAUGACUGUGUCCUCUCUAUGCCUGACUUUCUAGCACAUGGGAUUAAGUGCAGGGAACAGGCAACUGUUUGAAAGAAAGUAAGUCGCAAAGGUAAUUUCAUCAGCCACAAAAUGAUAUUAAAAGCCAGAAGGAACCCUCCAGCCAGCAUCUUAGAAGUGCUUGACAGCUAGACUAUCUUUCAUGAGUGCAGAAGUGGUGAUUUCUUUUCACUCAGAUUAAGCCAAACAUGAACCAGGCAAUGCUCCUCUGCUAUGCCCACCUUCCCUAAAUUCUGCUAGUCUCUCCUCUGAUCUCUCCUGCUGUAUGGCCCUUGGGUGCCAGUUACCUUUAGCCACAUCACCCUUACAGCCAAGAAAAAAUGGAAUAAAUCCUUCAGAUUGAAAUCUCAUGUACAAAGGAAGAGUUUGGCUUCUUGCCUACUUAUAGGAUUAAUGGUACUAGGUUAUUAAAGCAAAUAGGUUAUUAGACAAACAGAGAGGAUCAUCAUUUCAAAAGCUCACCAGCCCUUCACCAUCUUGGGUCCACUUUAUUAUAAUAUAGAUUUUCAGGAGGUGAUUCUGUUAUUAUCAAAUUCUCAGAAUGUAUUAGGUUCUACAGUGAGCCUUUUCUUUAAAAAAUAAGUAUUUCCUAUAGGGUCACCUGUUAAUUCCAAAGGACUUUCUUGCUUUUCAGACUUGGAAGUGUCAAGUCGCCUGGAACUAUAUUCCUGGGAGAAGGAAGGUCCUGCCUGUGGUUGGGGUUCAUUUGGGAAUGUGAGGUUGACAGUCUGAGAGGCCUAACCUUGGCUCCCUUCUAUAGGGCUGAUGGUUUCGCAGUGAUCCUUAAUGAUAGGUUCUGUAGUAUUUUGUAGGAGAGAUGAUUGUGUGCCCAUAUGCAUGAAGGAAUUAAAUUGUUGGGAGAGCUUAGCAAAACCACCACCACUUUGAUGUGUCGAUUUGUUUUUUGGUCAGUGUGUUCAUUUUUAAAAAGAGAUGCAUUGGCCUUAUGACCAAAUUUCUUCGUGUGGAAUAAGAACUGCUACUAAUCUUGCAUCUUCAAGAAUCUGAUGACUGAGCUUUGUAGGAAUGUAUACUUGAGGUGGACCCAGGCCUGGCUGAUUCCCUCCAACGGGAGAAAGCUAUUUAAUUGAAGGCCAAGGCAACAAUUUUUGUUCAAUCUGCUACCAUGAUAAGAAAAUAUUACUUAAGGAUACUGAUAGUAGCUGACUGGUAGAUCAAGAAAUAGGCCUUGACAAAGGGAAUCAGUGGAAGAGAUGAGAUGAGACUCCAUCAGUCCUUUUAUGACCUGCCAGGGGAAAAAUGAGCAAAACUGACUUUACAUUUUAAAUAGUCGUCGCAAAGUCUAAGUUCUACAAAAUCUACUUCUUUUAAUUAUCUUUAACAAAUGACAAUUGAAAUCCUAAAAACAUUAUGCUCCAUAAAGAAUGUUGUCAGCCUGCUUUGCUGAAGAAUUUAUCUUCUACAGCUCAGAGAAAGGAGUGAUACUGUCCCAGCAAUCUUUGAUCCCAUUCACUUUGGGUCUGAAGAGGGACCCCACUCCCUACCCACAAGCUCCCCCCAACAUUUUAAUUGUGAGUCCUACAUUUUCUACAGAUGAAAUUAAACCAAGCAGGGAUACUGCUUUCUGUAAAAACAAACAAACAAGUUGCAAUGUAAAUAAUUAUAUUAGUCAUUUUUCAUGUGACUAAAAUAUAAGAUUUUGUUACUUGUUUUGGCACUUAGACAGUUCUUUGUCUGAAAUGGUUCACUCUGACCCAUUUCCUUGGUCGGUCAAGUUGAAAUGGAAGGCCUCUGUUUGUAUGUGGACUCCUGUGUAUCUAACUUAUGAUUAUGUGGGACCAAUGGCCAGUAUAUUCUAAUGAACACAAAUCUCCCAACCCUUGUCUAGCAUUAAACUGUUCACCUUGCCAUGUUUAUCUUGCAACAAGACCUAACUUGCACAUGCCUGUUAUUCUGCAUGAUUGGACUCAAAGACUAUUACCAAUGAUAAGAAUUGUCCUGUGUCAGUGUUUAUAAAAUGGACUUAAAGCACACCCACAUUCAUAUACACCUCACCCUUAUAGUUCUAAGUCAACCCUGGAAGGCAAAACCAUGCAUGUCCAGUUUCCUUGCAAGGUCUGAGUGGUGAGAAGUGAAAGUCAGCCUGAUGGAUCAAAUGCAAUCUCAGUGAUGUUUAAUAAGGCUUUGAAAUUAUUUAAAUCAUAUCUGUGUUCCUUCGCAUUCUCUUUUUCCUUUCUGUUUUUUCCCUUUAUUUUCAAAAUGUCGGUGGAACAAGAGGGUGAGUGGGGGAGACCUUUGGAUUUUUUGGACUCUUUGUAGGUGGAUGCUGACUCAAUACAUUGUGAUUUCUGUUUCUUAUGAAUUAUUAAAAACCAGAGCGAAUCUGCUUCCCUCAACAUAAAACCAAAUGCAAAUCCA